AUGACACACGAAAUUGUAUACGCGAUCCAUAAUUUUGAAGCCGAAAACGAAGAUGAGAUUAACUUUAAUGUGGGUGACCCCAUUGCUGUUCUCGAACGAGAUGAAAAGUACAUGGAUGGUUGGUGGCAAGGCCGCAACGUUCAAGGUCAUGUUGGCUUGUUCCCUAUGAAUUACAUUUCGGCCGAAAAGCCUGUCAACGGUAGCGCUGUGAACAACAGUAACAGCAACUCGUUCAUGUAUUCCUCCUCACCCUCGACUCUGUCAAUGACUGUCGGCCGCGAAGAAGAAUGUGGUGCAGUGGGUACUCGUACAGAAGAUUGGAAUACUGCACAGGUCGCAUAUUGGCUUGAAUCGGUCGGAUUAGGAUCUGUGUCCCACAACUUUAUCGAACAAGAAAUAACGGGCGAUAUAUUGUUGGGUUUGACCAUGGAUACGCUCAAGGAAUUGGGCAUUGCGACGUAUGGUAAACGAUACAAGAUCAUUCAGGCCAUCAACACCGACUUGCGUCCUGUUGCAACUCCGCCGCCAAAGCGUGCUUCUCGAUGUGCACCACCGUCUCCUGUGGAUUCCGACACUUCACAACGCAACAGCUUGGCUCCCAACAACAACAAUCAACAUCAACAUCAUCAGCGACCCAUUUCUCCACAAAGCCUAGGGUCUGCUGCUUCCAUCAGUCGGUCCAACACGUUCCACAGCAUGUCUUCGAAAAAAUCCACUUCAUCAUCAUCGAGUGGCACCUUCCGUAGCACGACUACCAACAACAACCAUCACGAAGAGCCGGUUCCUCUUCCAAUGUCAUCCUCCUCUACUACUACUGCUACUACUACUACUACUACUACUACUACCACAAAAAAGACAGCUAGUCUGUAUUCCUCUACCUCGUCAGCGGCUGCCGCUUCGCCCAAACAACAUCCACGUGUGGAUGCAAGCACAUUCUCGAGCGCUACAACGACGGGUGGAAACAGCAACCACUGGAUGUCCGAUUCUAACAUUUCAACGUCUUCGAUCGGUUCUUGUGCCAUGCCUGAUCAGCCUUUGGACGUCAAUGCUACGAGGAAAUUGUCAGUAGCAUCAAUCGACAGCCAACAAGACAACAGCAACAACAACAACAACAAUCAUGCGUUCCAAGCACCCGAACACGAAGGGUGGUUACACAAACAGGGAGACAAGUACAAGACAUGGAACAAACGCUGGUUUGUUUUAAAAGGACCCAACCUCUUUUAUUUCAAGAGUCCCAAGGAUGUGCGUAUGAAAGGCAUCAUCAAUCUACGCGGCUACCGUAUUGUUGUGGACGACUCGUGUCACAGCGGCAAGUACAGUUUCAAGGCGCAACAUGAUCGUGAGCGUACUUUUUACUUUUACACCGACACAGAAGAGUCGAUGCGGAAAUGGAUCCAAGUCUUGAUCAAAACCACCAUUGCUCGUGACAUUAGUACUCCUGUCAUGUCGUCCAAUCCCGUCGCAACCGUAUCUUUGGAUGUAGCACGACGUAUGCGUCCUCGACCCCCAUCGAUGCUCAUGUACACCAACGGCAAGGCGCAACAACAGCCAUUGCAACAUGUGCAAGAGCAGCAGAUGGGCAUGUUACAAGAAGAGCAAGAGCAGGGACGACAGCCAGAGGAUUAUGUGGACUGGAUCAAUGCAAACUUGCCUCCAGGAGAACCUGUAGAGGACCUUUCUGUGGCGUUUCGCGAUGGUGAAAAAUUGAUUGAUCUACUCGAAAACUUGAGUCAAAAGCCAGUACGACGACCACCACCACCCAUGGCAGAAGAUGGCAACAACAACAAUGAUAUGCACAUGCUGGACACGAUUGUAGCUGCGUUUAAAUUUAUGGGACGAGAAGGUGUUGCUGUCGAUGGUCAACAGUUUACGAUCAAAGACGUGUUUACCGGUGACCAAGACAAGAUCAUGAAUAUGGUCGAUGCUAUCCAGUCAUGGAGCGCAUCCAUUUGA